AAGACUCACCCGAGCUUUAAAUUGAACCGUCAUCUACAUUAACAUUGCAGUUUACUCUUCAGAUUUUUUAAAACUCUUUCAAAAUGACGCUUUUUGAUUCAAGUAAAGUUAGAAAUCUUCCUGAUUACCUACAGGGUGGAAAACAAGCAAGUUUCAACCCAUAUUCUGACAAUGGAGGGAGUAUCUUAGCAAUUGGAGGUAAUGAUUUUUGUAUAAUCGGAGCUGACACACGUUUAAGUACUGGAUAUCAGAUUAAUACACGGAAUCAGGAAAAACUUUUUCAACUGUCAAACAAUACAAUUUUGGGUUGUGCUGGAUGUUGGUGUGAUACCUUGAGUCUUACGCGAAUUUUAGCUGCACGUAUGCAGAUGUACAAGCAUGAACACCAAAAAGAAAUCUCUACGCCAGCAGCAGCCCAAAUGCUUUCUAUUAUGUUAUAUUAUAAAAGAUUUUUCCCUUAUUACAUCAGCAAUUUGCUAGCCGGUUUAGAUGAAGAAGGAAAAGGUUGUGUCUAUAAAUAUGAUGUAGUUGGCAAUGUAGAGAGAGUUAAUUUCUCGGCUGCCGGUUCUUCAGGAGCAUUAUUACAACCACUUUUGGAUAAUCAGGUCGGGUAUGAAAAUCAAGAAAAUGUUGAGAAAAUCCCUCUAACUGUUGAAAAGGCUUUAAAAAUACUAAAGGAUGUUUUUACAGCUGCAGCAGAGAGAGAUAUUUACACUGGUGAUAGCAUUCUUAUUAAAAUCAUUACAAAGCAGGGAGUCAAAUCUGAAACAUUUGAAUUAAGAAAAGAUUAAUUACGUUUUACACUGUACAAAAGCAGCCUUUAAUAAAUAACUUUAUAAAAAAAGUUU